AAUCAUUCCUCCCUUAACGAGUUCUGUUUUUGCCUAUGGAAUCCGCAAGGGUCAGUUCCGUUUAUUGAUCUCGUCAAGCAUAAAAUCUCAAGAGCUUGCUGCACACCAGGAACGUGAAAGACUUGAACUACUCGAAAAGGUCUCUGAUUAUAAUUACCACUAUCAAAUAAAAGUAAAAGAUUUGUUGAAUGCAAUCGACACUCUUAAGUCUUCAGUAAAAAUCCCGGUUAUAGACAUUUUACGACGUGUUACCGCAAGUUUUUCGCACUCGAGUUGUGCCAUAGAAGGGAAUACAUUGGCAAUACAAGAUACACGAGGAAUUUGGGAGAAAUUGAAAAAGAACAACUUGGAUAUUUUGUUAAAAGAUCGAAAGCUUCCGCUUCCUGGGCCGAGAUCUCUUUCUGAUAAAUCGGAAUAUGAAGUCAUAGAAGUUCGAAACCACCUUCUCUCAACUUAUUUGGUUAGUAAGUUUGCUGAGCUAGAGCGUGAAAUUAAUCUAGAUGAUAUAAAAGAUAUUCAUCGCGUCCUUUUAAGAGAUACGCCAAUGGAGAAAUUUGAAUGGGAAGAUGAGAUUAAUUAUGCAGGAGAGUUUCGGAAGAUAGAAGUAAUGGCAAGUCACGCGCAUUUGACUGUUUAUACAUAUCCACAAGAAGUGCCUGCAUUAAUGAAAAGAUUUAUAGAAUUUCGCGAUGAGUCCAUCAAAAAUAAAAGUCUUCAUCCCCUUAUUAUUGCUUCUCGUAUAUUCUCAUCCUUUAAUCAUGUUCAUCCAUUUGUCGAUGGUAAUGGACGUGUUGCUCGUUCAAUUAUGGUAUAUCAUCUCAUCCACAAUGGUUACCCACCUAUUGUUUUCCAGCAUAUGACACCAGGUUUAAUGGCAACUUGCUUGUAUAUGGCACAAGCUGCUCAGAGGUUGGCACAUUCUUUAAGUUGGCAUGCAACUGACGAAAGAGGAAAGAUAUGCCUUCUUCAAGAGAAAAU